CCCGUUCCACACCACAUACCCAACCUAACUUUCAGCUUACAUAACUCGCUUCCCUUGCCGAGCUACGGGUCGCUCCCGCCGAAGGCGGGCCUUACUUGUUGCAUUUAACUGCAGGCUUUCGAUGUUCAUUUCUCGGUCGCGAGUUUACCGGACGGUCGUUACUGUGGCAGUUUCCCUGUCGUUUCAUAUCCACCUGCCCAGCGAAAAGGCACUCAUAUAAACAUGACGCUUGUGUCUAUACGCGAACCGUAUCCAUUGCUGAUCAUACCGGUAUCAGCAACACCAAGCAAGCAACUACAGUACUCCACGUAAAGUGCACGAGAAGGCCGCGCCUUGUCGGUGCCAUGGGAAGCACAUCGAAGGGGGCAACGCUGCUUUGGCGUCUCGGCAGCUUGGCCACCCGUUCAGGGCCCGCCUUGUGCAAUGGGCUGCUGAGUUACACAGCCGCACAGCCGGCUCUACCGCAAAAGGUGCUGAGCUCACGCUUUACUCGUAACGUCCCAUCACGGUUGCUCGCAGUCUCCGUGCACGCGAAUUCCCCCCAGCUCCACGCUCUCCCCUCUCCUCUACGCGCCCUGCCCCUACUGGAGCGCCUAGUGGGCAUUGAUGCGACUGCUGCAGCCAGCCAGGCUCUCCCAGCCAGCAGCGCGUCCCUCGCUUCGGUACGCCCCAUGACAACUGCUGCUUCCAGCAGCUCCUUCACCCAAAAACUUCGGGAGAAGGCUGUCGCCGCUUGGAAGACCUUUAGUUCAAUAUUGUGGCUGUUCUUCGGGGGUCUCAUGUGUGGCUUGCUACACCGCCUUCUUGGAGUGAAUGGAGUUGGCAUCGUGUGCGGCAUUGGGAGCUUGACAAACUCGUGUGUGCUCUGCUGGCGGCAUGGCAGCCUAACUGGGGAGGCUGCAUUUCUUUUGGUUAUGUCCCUGCUAUCCGCCUUUUUUACCUACGCUAUGUGGCCGAGGCUUGACAAGGUGCCGUACACCCAUCGGCUGCAUGAGGUUCCCACGAAAUUCCCCGCUCCACCGCGUGGCGACAAGUACGUCCCGCGGCGGCCAUCCGAGAUGUUCUUCGCUAACGCCAGGGCCUUGGUGGGCUGGUGGAACCAGCUGCUCCCCGCCGACCACCCUGACGUGGUGCGAGUGCGGGGGGUGCUGCAGCGGCUGGCUGCUGCGGCGGCUGCGGGCCGGGGUGGGGGCCGUUACGACCACAUGCGGGCUGACAUGCCGUGGGCGGUGGCGGUGGUGGAGCCCGUGGUUGGAGCCAGCGAGGAGCAGCUCAAGGGGCGGGAGGAAGAGCGCGAGUCAUACAUUACAUUCCGUGUGCCCGCUCGCGAGACCUGGCUAGCAUUCGACUACCCGACCUGCGUAGUCACUUCAGGCGAAGACUCGAUGCACGAGGUCCUGCUCCACCAGCGCACGCUGCAGCUGGCGGGGGAGGAUGAGUCACUGCUGGCCGCAGCGCUGGCGCACAAGCUGGCGGGAAAGCUGGCACAGCACGAGAUCGAAUACGGCAGCUCGGACACCGAUAAAACGUUCGGCUACGUGGGGGAGCUCCUGGAGCAGUGGCUGCACCCUGAGGAUGUGGGGGUGACUGAGAAGCACAGGCGCACGCACGAGGCCGACCUCAUUGCCGUACACCUGCUGUCCGAGGCCGGGUACGACCCCGCGGGUAUGGUACGAUGGCUGGAGCGUAUCCAGGAGCAGGAGCAGCGGGAGCAGCAGCGCAAGAGCCCAGCUCCCGAGGUGGCGACGCCGCUGGCGCAGCAGAUAAGCACUGCCAGCCGCGACCGCCGACAGCGCGAUCUGCAUGUCAAGGCGGGCACCCUUUCCAAGGCUCUCGACCUGCCGCCCGUCCUGGAGCGGCUAGAGCGCGUGCAGCGGCAGCUGAGGCGCAUGGAGGAGGGAGGCCAGCUGAAGCCGCGCAUGCAGCAGCCCACCGAGCCCGCCCAGCAGCCCAGGCCCAUUAUUGCAUGAGCGAGGAGCCGCCUGCCCCCACUGGCGCGCGUUUCAGGCGUGUCAGUGACUGCAAGGGGCUAUCUUGGUUGCUAUGGUAUGCAGAAGUCUGUACAUGAAACGCAUGUUGACCAGUGGUGGGUCAGCGGCGCCUUGCAAACACAGCAGCAUGAAAUGUCGAGCGCCGUUAGCGACACGUGUUUAUAUGGUUCUUCGUAUGUACAUGGAUGGAUUUGUGGCUAUGUUGUUCCGGGCGUGGUUUAUUCGCGGCCUGGUUGGUACGGCUGUCAGUUCGUAGUCUGACAUCCACAUCGUACAGCCAUCAGUGCUUUUAGGCCACGCAGCUCCCAGCAGACUCAGGGCCGCAAUCUAUCAAUCUGAACAUAUGCAAGGAGGACAGCGGUUGUUGCCCUUGCAAACAUGGACUGUACGGCAGCCACCACUUCACAAUGUGCUGAACAGGCACACGCAGGGUAGGCCCGUCCUUUGAGUCUAUAACCGUUCACGCCAUUGUAAUAUUUUUUUUGGCGUAGCUAAAAAUGUAGUUUGAGGACCCGUAGAGGCGAGUGCAUUGCUUGUCGUACAGGUGUGCUUCUCUCUGCUUGCUGCGUUGUGCUUGCGCCUCGCCUUGGUUGCCUACGUCGUUAUAUGACCAGUUGCUGCCCUAUUACUAAUAGUCAACGCUAGUCAAUCGCAUGCAGCCCUUGCUGCGUAGGGCUUGGACGCCUGCGUUUUGACUUGUUAUUUUCCCACCCACCCGCCCUUCUUUGUUGUCUGGUUUGGGACUUGGUUGGCGCCGUCUUCUGCAUGAAGGCCAGCGGUGGUGGUUUCGGCACCGCAUGGGGCCCCGAGGCGUUUUGCUGGGACCGUGGUUAGCGGUGAAUCGGCAGCCGCGCAUUGCGUGAUGAGGGCGCCACUGUCGUGGUGUCCCGGUUCGCUGGGGCGGCGGUGCUUGUCCGCUGCACAACAGGGCAGGCCGUGGCAGUGAUCACCCACGGCCCGUCAGCCAGCAGGUGGUAGAGCUAGCGAUCAGGCAUGGGUUGGAGCUCCGGGCGGAGCACAUUACGGGCGCUGAGUAUGGACGAGCAGGCCGCCUUGACCAGCGGUUCAGCGCUGCCAGGGACGGGUGCGGCACAACAACCAGGAGCUGAGUCCCCAUCGUUGUCUUCGUCCAGCUGCAGCUGGAAGGGUCAGCAGUGGAUGCGUGCGUUGUUAGCAACGUAGACGUGUGGCUUUCGCGAGUUGUAAGCCGCUAGGCGGGCGAUGGUAGAGCGGCGGUAAAACGGGAUAGGGAAAGGGGGGGCGUGUCUCCUACCCUGCGUCCUAAGGGUAGGAACAUGCCCACGCAGAUUGGGUCCGCGACCGUGCAAUUGGUUAGUAGAGUUAGUUAGAAGCUUAGUUUGGUACGGAAGGCACGGUGAGCGCGUCAGGGACCCGGGUGAUUUAUUUCCCCAUUUUCAGUUGACUUCUCCCCGCGUGUUUAACCUCGUUUGCUUGGUUGUUGCAGUAUAAGGGUCCAGGGUUGGUGUUUCACGAGCCACUACGGCAGGCAUCAAAUCUGUCGUUAGGAAACCUUCAAUCUUUGGCCCAGUCCUUAAUCCCGCGAGACCCGCGCCAUGGAAGCAAGUGAACAGUCUUAGUGAUACCCUGCCUGCUGGCCAAUUAUCUCAAAUAUUUUCAGCCGCCAUCAAACUUUCACGCUACAAACAUCUCUUCAAGCAUUUAUAGUAUAGUGUCCACACACGGUACGUGUGCCAAAAGGAAGGGAAAUGGGUAGGAAAGGGCUUUGGCGCAAGACCACGUUUGCCUUUGGAGGACCGUGUACAGGUUUCCAUACACCACCUUGUAUUGAGGUGUGAUAUCCGCAAAACGUAUGUGUGUUUGUUUGGAUAGGAACGUGCAAUGACACGAGGCAGGCGCCACGCGGG